UGGUGGGACGGCGGCGCGCGCGGCUGCUCAGCUCUCAGCGCUCCGAGCGCCAGCCGCCAGCAUGGACUCUCGCCGCGUGCCGCAAAAGGAUCGCAGAGCAAAGAAGAACUUCAAGAAAUUCAGAUAUGUGAAGUUGAUUUCCAUGGAAACCUCGUCAUCCUCUGAUGACAGUUGUGACAGCUUUGCUUCUGAUAAUUUUGCAAACACAAAACCUAAAUUCAGGUCAGAUAUCAGUGAAGAACUGGCAAAUGUUUUUUAUGAGGACUCUGAUAAUGAAUCUUUCUGCGGCUUUUCAGAAAGUGAGGUGCAAGAUGUGUUAGACCAUUGUGGAUUUUUACAGAAACCAAGGCCAGAUGUCACUAACGAACUGGCCAGUAUUUUUCAUGCCGACUCUGAUGAUGAAUCGUUUUGCGGUUUCUCAGAGAGUGAGAUACAAGAUGGAAUGAGGCUGCAGGCAGACCACGCGGGCUGUCGGACCCGCAGUCAGUGCAGAAGUUCCGGACCUCUCCGGGUGGCCAUGAAGUUUCCAACUCGAAACACCAGGGGAGCAGCCAACGAGAGAGCAGCGCCCCCCGAACCCUCAGAGAAUUCUGUGACUGAUUGCAAUUCUGAUUCAGAAGAUGAAAGUGGCAUGAAUUUUUUGGAGAAAAGGGCUUUAAAUAUAAAGCAAAACAAAGCAAUGCUUGCAAAACUAAUGUCAGAAUUAGAAAGCUUCCCUGGCUCCUUCCCUGGAAGGCGUUCCCUGCCAGGCUCCAGUUCACGUCCAAAGACACCCCGAAGGCGCACAUUCCCAGGUGUCGCCUGCAGGAGAAACCCUGAGCGGAGAGCUCGUCCUCUCACCAGGUCAAGGUCUCGGGUCCUUGGGUCGCACAGUGCCCUGCCCAUGGAGGAGGAGGAGGAGGAGGAGGAGGAGGAGGAGGAGGAGGCGGAUAAGUACAUGUUGGUGAGAAAGAGGAAGCCCAUGGCCGGCUACAUGAACGAAGAUGACAUGCCCCGAAGUCGUCGCCCUGGAUCCAUGACCCUUCCCCAUAUAAUUCGCCCAGUGGACGAAAUCACGGAGGAAGAAUUGGACAACAUCUGCAACAACUCUCGAGAGAAGAUCUAUAACCGUUCAUUGGGAUCGACUUGUCAUCAGUGCCGCCAGAAAACUAUGGAUACCAAGACAAACUGCAGAAACCCAGAGUGCUGGGGCGUUCGAGGCCAGUUCUGCGGGCCCUGCCUUCGAAACCGUUAUGGUGAAGAAGUCAGGGAUGCUCUGCUAGACCCAAACUGGCACUGCCCGCCGUGUCGCGGGAUCUGCAACUGCAGCUUCUGUCGGCAGAGAGACGGGCGGUGUGCAACUGGGGUGCUCGUGUACUUAGCCAAGUACCACGGCUUCGGGAAUGUGCAUGCUUACUUGAAAAGUCUAAAACAGGAGUUUGAAAUGCAAGCUUAAUAAUUGGAAGAUCCACUACCUGCCUUCCACUUCACAAAUCUUCCUUGUUUUAAAGUUUUCAAUUUUGUCAUGUGAUUGAAACCCGAGUUUAAGAAUUCUGAUGAUCAGUCUGUCUUAUAGGCAAAUCAAGUUAACCUCAUUAGACAUGCCUGCAUGUCUGGGCGACAGGGGGGUGUAGUGCCAGCUGUACUCUGCCCUCCUGCGGUUUCUCCUUUGCAUUUCCCCCCACCCCUCAUCCCAUGCCAUCCCCCUCUUAUUUCCAGUGGUUCUCUUCCAUCAUUUAGUUUCAGAAUCCUUUUUAAAUGACAAUUUUAUGAAAGCAUGUUUGAUU